UGCCUUUCUCCAUGUGACAUCAGUGACUCAUCCUGAGCUUCAACUUCACUAAACUUUUAGGAUUUUCAAUCAUCUAUUGCCUUACACCAUACGUUCCCCAUCUUGGAUCUGUAUGUCUGAUUUUUAACUACAAGCAUAAGAUUUCAUGUAUAUUCUUACUAAGUUUCAGGCUUCUGAAGAAUGUUGUAGGAAGAACAGAAAAUGAGAGGACUUAAGAUGGAUAUGGAGAAGGAAACUGUGCAGGACAAGUAAGGUAGUUCAGAAGUUCAAUUUAGAGAGGAAAAAUUUUGAGAAAUUUGAGAAAAAUUUAAAGGAGAAUGAUUUCCAGACACAAAUACUAGUCAAAUUCUACUUGGAGACAGAAGAAUAGCCAUACCAAGGACAAUUAAAGGAGGAUAUAAAAGGAUUACAAAAAAUUAAGGAAGAUCAAAGAAGAUUCAGGAAUUAAAUCCAAAAAGGAAGACUCCAGACAGAACAGAAGAAUGUAUUUGGUACAAUCUGAAAGCAUGAAAACUUCCUUUGAGAAAUAUACAACAUCACUUUUGCUCUCCAUAUUCACAUAGAAGAGAAGAAAAGUCACGCUGUUUCAAUGACUUCAACUUCAUCUUACUCCUUGCCUUGCUCCUCCUAUGACAACAUCUUCAUGAAUAACCAAAGUAGCCAAUGCCAAAAUGACUCAUCAGAGACACCAAAUGCUACCAUCUGCCCUAUGAAUGAACAGUUAUUGUCUGUUGUUUUAACAAUUUCCUACUCCAUUAUUUUUAUUGUGGGACUUGUUGGAAACAUUAUAGCUCUUUAUGUAUUUUUGGGAAUCCAUCGUAAAAGAAAUUCUAUUCAGAUUUACCUGCUUAAUGUAGCCAUUGCAGAUCUCCUACUCAUCUUUUGCCUCCCCUUCCGAAUACUGUAUCAUGUUAACAAAAACAUGUGGACACUGGGUGUAAUUUUCUGCAAGACAGUGGGAACACUAUUCUACAUGAAUAUGUAUAUUAGCAUUAUUCUUUUGGGUUUGAUCAGUUUGGAUCGCUAUAUAAAAAUUAAUCGGUCUAUCCACCAGCAAAAAGCCUUAACAACCAAGCAAAGCAUUUACAUCUGUGGUAUAGUGUGGGCACUUGCCAUAACUGGAUUUUUAACUAUGAUUAUUUCAACAAUUAAAAAAGGAGGACAUGAUUCUACUAUGUGCUUUCAUUAUAGGGACAAGCAUAAUGCAAAGGGGGAAGCAAUUUUUAACUACAUCAUAGUAAUAAUAUUUUGGUUAGUAUUCCUUCUACUAAUCCUUUCAUAUAUUAAGAUUGCCAAUUAUCUUUUGAAGAUUUCAAAAAAGAGAGUCAAUUUCCCCAAUUCUGGGAAAUUUCAUACCACAGCACGGAAUUCCUUUAUUGUGCUUAUUAUUUUCACUAUAUGCUUUGUUCCUUAUCAUGGUUUUAGAUUCAUUUAUAUUACAUCCCAGCUAAACACAACACCUUGUUACUGGAAGGAGAUUUUCCACAAAAUCAAUGAAAUCAUGCUUGUACUCUCAUCUUUUAAUAGCUGUUUGGAUCCAGUUAUGUAUUUUCUAAUGUCUAGCAAUAUCCGCAAAAUUAUAUAUCAACUUAUUUCAAGAAGAUUUCAAGGGGAAUCAAGCAGAAGUGAAAGUACUUCAGAAUUUAGAGCAGGCCAUUCUCUGCAUGAUACUUCUGUAAGUGUUAAAAUUCAAUCAACAUCUAAGAGUACUCUUAGAUGAAUGUGUUAUAAAGAAUAACGAAUCACUGCCUUUACCAACCAACAACAAUUCCUAUAAGUAUUAGAGAUAAUUACCAAAUUUAGCACUGAUGUUUCUAGCAUUAACAACAACAAAAAGUCAUUUCUUCUUAAUUUUUCUUUUUGUAAAUAUGGUGUGUUAUGUUUCAUUUGCUUUAUUUAUCAAUUGAUAUGUUGAAGAGUAAGAAAAGGUUCUGGUCACUGCAAGAAGAUUUUAAGUCUAUGAUAUUCCAGACUAAGAUAUUUUAAAAAAAUGUUACUGUAAAUUAUUGUUAUAUUUGUUAAAAUGGACUGCAAAAGUAUUUACUGGAAUUUAUGAACAUCAUAAAGCAAACUGAAGAAAACUUUUGUUUCCCAAACAAGUAAACUACUAUUGGUAUAUGUUUCUAUUUAAUAAAGUUUAGAGAGCAUAAAUGUUUUAGAGAAAUCAUUUUAGGAUGAUAAAAAUGUGUUAAGUUGUUAUUAAAAAUUGUUAUUUAUCAAAUACAUACAACCCAUACCUUUAAAAAAUAAAAGGUGAACUUUUUUCCUGUUUCUAUAACCAUAAUCUAUAUCACUGUGUUAGAUAAUAUAAUUAGCAAACCAAAUAUUUAAAAUAAAAAAGAUAUCAUUUAUUUCCUAGUUUCCUUGUGAAAUAAAACUAUAGAAGGAGAGAAUAAAUUUCAUAGCUCUUUGUCCAUGUUAUCUAACAAAAUGUAAAUACUUUGCAAAAGCAACUACUGAGAUACAACUGAAAAAAAAAAGUGACAGAGACUACACUUAAAAAGCAAACGAUUUUGGACACAAAACAAUCAAGUUUUUAAAUAAAAUAAAAUUGUGUGUGAUUCUUUGGUAGAGAAAUUAUAAAAAUAAUUAUAUCACUACUAUAACUAUAAUGAUAAGGGGAGGAACAGAAUUCAAUAUUCAAUGAAUAGUGAACAGCUGAGUAAAUUGUAAUACAUGAACAUAAUGGACUAUCACUGUGCCAUAAGAUGUAAGAAAUAUGAAGAAAACAAAAAUGUGAAAUUUAUACAAAGUGAUGAUGUGCAGUACAAUUUCAGUGGUAUUCAUAUUGACUAUGACUAACUAAAAAGAACUGAAAUAGAAUUCAAAAAGACAUAAAGAAGAAAAAAAGAUCAGAAGGGAAUUGGGAAGCAUACAAAAUGUUUCUGUUGUUUUGUUAAAGUUAACAAACACUGAAAAACAAAUUUCAAAUAAUUUGGAUCUUAUGAUUUUAGAUGCAUUUUAUUUUCUUUAUCUGAAUGUUUUAUUAAUGAUUUUCAACUGGAGAAUGUUUUUUCAAAAGAAAUUUAAAAAUUAAUAAUCAUAGAAUUUAAAAGUUGUAAGGGACCUGUGGAGAAGAGAGAAAUUACAAGACAAAAAGCUGGAGACUGAUCAGCUGUCAAUCAAAGGAAGAUUCCAUUUGGAAUGUUACCGGAAAACAGUGGAAGGCAAGAGCCAGCUGCUGACUGGAUUUUGGGGCUUCUUGGCUGACGGUGGUGACUUUGAAGGAAGAAGCUGGGUUUAUCUCUGGGACUUGGGGUAAUCAAGUUGGAGGUGGCCUGGCUGAUUUGAAGGCAGAAGAAGGACAAUAAUCCAAAUAUCUCUCUCUGAUUUGCUCUGUUUCAUGCUAGUGACUGAAUUGCCAUUUCUCUCAAUAUCCUCCAACCUAAGACUCACUGUAGAUAAUAGGGAAACCUCCAACCCUCUUACCUCCAUCCUCCAUCUGUUCCUGUUUUUCCCUAAUAAACCCUUACAUGAGAUAAAGAAGAGAAAA